CUGGCAAACCUUUGCUGUGUUUCGCCUCACAGUUUUGACUUGACACAGUUUCAGUUUGCCCAGACCAUGAUCUACACCAUCGAGGAAAUAAACAGGAACCAGACUCUGAUACCGAAUAUUACACUGGGCUAUCAGAUUCACGAUGGCUGCGGGGACCCAGCCAUGUCGACCAAAGUCACCACCCUUCUCAUCAGUGGACAGGAAGAAACCCUCGCUGACCCGAAGUGCAAAACAACCUCCAACACCCCGGCUAUAGUUACAGAUGCCGAAUCCAUGCAAUCUGUUGCUGUUGCAAGAGUCAUUACUCCCUUCAAUGUCACAAUGUUCAGCUAUUCUGCUGCUUAUGAUUAUCUCAACAACAUGUACGAAUUCCCUACGUUUUUCCGAACCAUCCCAAAUGACUACCACCAAGUGGACGGUUUAGCUCAGCUUGUCAAAUACUUUGGAUGGAACUGGAUCGGCACAAUAAGGAGCAACUCCACCUAUGGUGCCCUAGCAAUGGACGAGAUUAUCAAAAGUAUGGAGAGUUUUGGUAUUUGUAUUGCUUUCUCCGAAGCCGUUCACAAAACAGACUCGAAAGAGAAGCUACUGAAUCUCAUCAAAAUCAUCAAAGAGGCCACCACAAAGAUCAUAGUUGCCUUUGUCGCUCAGGCAGAUAUGGCAGUCCUUUUGCAAGAAGUUGUCCGGCAGAACGUGACGGGAAUCCAGUGGAUUGGGAGUGAGUCUUGGAUCACGAUGCCCGACAUCUCUCCCAAAAAAGAUGCGAGAUUCCUGGUUGGCACGGUGGGUUUUGCUGUCCCGAAGGCCAUACUACCGGGGCUAAAGGAAUUUCUUCUUGAAGUUCACCCAUCAAAAUAUCCAAGAAAUGUAUUUGUGACUGAGUUUUGGGAAACCACAUUUGAAUGUGUCUGGCAAAAACCAGAUAACCUCACUCAGAUUGACAGUGAUUUUGAGGUCAAGUUCUGCACUGGAGAUGAAAAGCUGGAAGAAGUGGAUAAUCAAUACACCGAUACAUCACAGCUGAGAAUUGCUUACAACGUAUACAAAGCCGUGUAUGCAAUAGCACAUUCCCUUAAUAACAUGCUGUCAAAAACAAAUUUUACCUUUACACAACUUGACCUUUGGGAGCUGCUUCAUUAUAUGUAUGCUGUGAACUUUACAGCGCGGAAUGGAGAAAGUAUAUACUUCGACCCAAACUUAGAUACAGUCCCAUUGUAUGAAUUGGUAAAUUGGCAGAUGAAUUCUGAAGGUGUCGCUCAUGUAGUGACAGUUGGGCAUUAUGAUGGACUUGUAGCUUUUGACAAAAGGCUUUAUUUAAACAAAGAAAAUAUUGUUUGGAUAAUUGGGAAAAAGGAGGUUCCUCGGGGAGUUUGUUCUGACAGCUGUCUUCCUGGCACUUGGAAAACCGUCAAAAAAGAAAUGCCCUUGUGUUGUUUUACCUGUAUACCGUGCUCUGAUGGUGAGAUCAGCAAUGUGACAGACUCAGUAUCUUGCUUAAAAUGUCCACCAGAAUACUGGUCCAAUCAGUUCAAAACCCAGUGUGUACCAAAGAAGAUUGAAUUCCUUUCUUUCAACGAUGAGAUGGGAAGUUCACUUAUGACCCUGGCAGUGAUUGGAGCCUGUUUGACAGUGGCUACAGCUAUCAUCUUUUAUAAGCACAGACAGACACCUCUUGUCAAAGCCAAUAAUUCUGAGUUGAGCUUCCUUCUUCUAUUUGCCCUAACACUUUGCUUCCUCUGUUCUUUGGCCUUUAUUGACCGGCCCUCUGUAUGGUCAUGCAUGUUGCGCCACACUGUGUUCAGUAUUACUUUUGUUCUUUGUCUCUCUUGUAUUUUGGGGAAAACACUGGUUGUGUUGAUGGCUUUCAAAACCAGACUUCCCAACAAUAAAAAAAUCCAAUGGUUUAGUCCAAUGCAUCAAAGACUGAACGUUUGUGCCCUCACAUCUGUCCAAACUAUAAUUUGUAUUAUCUGGCUAACCACUUCGCCUCCUUUCCCUGUGAACAGCACAAAGUACUACAAGACUAUAAUUAUACUCGAAUGUAAUGUUGGGUCCUUGGUGUAUUUCUGUUGUGUGUUUGGUUACAUUGGUGCUUUGGCAUGUGUGUGCUGUGCACUCGCAUUUUUAGCCAGAAAACUGCCAGACAAUUUCAACGAGGCAACUUUUAUAACCUUCAGCAUGCUUAUAUUUUGUGCAGUGUGGAUAACAUUUAUCCCAGCGUACGUCAGCUCACCCGGAAAGUACACAGUAGCAGUAGAAGUUUUUGCCAUUCUAGCAUCAAGCUUUGGUCUGCUGUUCUGCAUUUUUGCUCCCAAAUGUUAUAUCAUCUUAUUUCAACCGGAAAAAAACACAAAGAAAUAUUUAAUGCGUAGAUCACAUGCAAAAAAAAUUUGA